UCCAGAGCUCCUCCCUCCAUGCAACUAGCUGCUCCGCAAGCCCCAAUUCACGUACCCCUGAAACCUUCAUGUUUAGCAGGCUCAGCCAAGUAGCCAGGCACCUCUCGCCACCGCUCCCCAAUUACGCGCACCUAUCUGCAGCAAAUCUCCGGGCUUCCUCAAUAACGUCAUCGGUCAUGGCGGACGCAACAAGCUCCCAAGGCAAGGGGCUUAUACACACGGCGGCUUGUUUGAUCAUCGGAGACGAAGUGCUAGGAGGCAAGACAAAUGAUACGAACUCGGCGUACUUUGCUAAGUUUUGCUUCGCUCUGGGGAUCAACCUGCGACGAAUAGAAGUCAUUGCCGACGACGAAGGCGAGAUUGUGGAAGCAGUCCGCCGCAUGUCGAAGAACUAUGACUUGGUGGUCACCUCAGGAGGAAUCGGUCCUACACACGACGAUAUCACAUACCAAUCGAUAGCCAAAGCGUUCGGCCUGCCCCUGAAGCUGCACGAAGCCGCCUUUGAGCGCAUGAAGCGCCUGUCUAAGCCGCACCCCUCGCAGCCGAACUUUGACUGGAACACGCCGUCUGCAGCGCUCACGGCGAAGAAGCGCAUGAUCGAGCUGCCCACAGACGACUCCAUACCAGACGAGGACCAGGUAAUAUUCGUGAGCGACAAUCUGUGGGUUCCCAUCAGCUGCGUCAAUGGCAACGUCCAUAUCCUGCCUGGAGUGCCAAGACUAUUCGAAAGCAUGCUAGACGGGCUGAGACCCCGCAUUCUACCACGCUUGACAGAUCCAGAAGGAAAAGGCGUGACCCGGAUACUGGUGUCCACGCCGAUGGCGGAGAGUGCCAUUGCUGAAUACCUCACUCAGCUGGCGGCGCGGACGGAGGCGAAAGGGGUCAAGGUGGGCAGCUAUCCACGCUGGGGGAAGGACCGUAAUACGGUGACACUCGUGGGCCGCGAUGUCGAGUUCAUGGAGUCGCUGGUGCCUGAGGUGGAAGAGGCUGUUCAGGGGCGGCGCGUAGCUGUCGAAGGGGAGGACGACUCAGCGAACCCAGAUCCAGACGCGGGCACGCUCAAGUCGGGCUGAAGUGCGCCCUGUCUUAGAGUCUUCACCUGUAAAUAUAGGGGUCGUGAUCAGACGACGACAUGCGGUCGAAACAGAAAUCGAGGGGAUCUCGAGGGGCUACAAUAAUAGACGCCCGCGUGCUGCUAGGGGCUUCUCGAAGGACUGUGGAAGGCCUGACGUGCCUCGCUCGCCUGGAGGGGGGGGCGCCGAGCCAAUAUCAGCCAGGCACGAUAACGGCGCGAUAGGUGACAGUGACGAUAAGAUGCAGGGUGAUUGUUUUUCAAUAGCGGCCUGUCACCACUCAGAG